AUGAAGUUCACCACCAUUCUUACCGGCUCGCUCCUCGCCAGCGCUGCUUUGGCUGCUCCUCUCACUGAGAAGCGUCGUGCCCGCGCCGAGGCUCGCGCCGAGGCCCGCCGUGCCACUGGCUUGAAGCGCAAGAGCAACCCUCCGUUGAGCCCUGCCACCAACACACCUCUCCAGCACGCCAACAUCUCCCAGGUUGAGUACAGCUCUAACUGGGCCGGUGCGGUCUUGAUUGGCUCGGGCUACUCCGAAGUCACUGGUGAAUUUGUCGUGCCCGCAGUUUCUUCCCCAAGGGGAGGUUCUGGCUUCGGCGGUGGUUCUGAGUACUGUGCCUCCGCCUGGGUUGGUAUUGACGGUGACACCUGCGAGACCGCCAUCCUCCAGACCGGUAUCGACUUCUGCUACGAGGACGGCGAGACCUACUACGACGCCUGGUACGAAUGGUACCCCGACUACGCCUACGACUUCGACAACAUCGAUAUCUCCGAGGGUGAUUCGAUCAAGGUCACCGUCAAGGCCACCAGCGACACCAGCGGCACGGCCACCGUCGAGAACGUCUCCACCGGUCAAUCCGUCACCCACAGCUUCAGCGGUAACGUCGAGGGCCGCCUCUGCGAGACCAACGCGGAAUGGAUUGUUGAGGACUUCGAAUCCGGUGACUCUCUGGUCGCUUUUGCUGACUUCGGCACUGUCACUUUCACCGGAGCUGAGGCUAUCAGCAAUGGCGAGACUGUCACUCCUUCCGGUGCCACCCUCAUGGACAUUGAGCAGGACGGCGAGGUCUUGACUUCCGUCAGCGUCUCAGGAUCCACCGUCAAGGUCACCUACGUCUAGAUGGUGUUCUAAAACCGGUUGUAUAUCGGGUUCCCCAGAGGAAGAAGGCUCGGAAAGAGAGGCAGAUGGGUGAAAAG